AUGGCGGAUGCUAUGUGCGGGCCCUCCAACCCGCUCCAGCAGUUCAAGCAGCAAACCGAUAUCGAUCGAACCCUCCAGCAAGACCGCCUUACCUCGAGGCAGAACCCAGCCCAAGGCUUUCGAUCGCAGCAUCCCAGUAAUGGUGCGUUAGACCACGAGUUUGAGGCCUUUCAGGCUGGCGUGGAACCCCAACUACUCGACCAUGUCCAGCCCUUUCAACGCCCCGCUGGCUUCGGUGCUCCCUCUCAAGCCCCAUCAUGGGCUGCAGACUUCCAGCGACUACAAAUAUCGCCUCAGCCUAUGCAACAGCCACAGCACUUUCACCCAGGACCGAGUACGGCCAACUGGACGUCAGGCUUUCAGGACUACGUGGCCCAGACUGCACCAAAGGCUCAGACUUCCUCUCCCUCGCCACUCGCCUUUCAGCAAAGAGCAAGAGGCUAUGGCAAUUUUGGCUUCCAGAGCUCGCUCCCACAGCAAAGCUUCGCCCCAAAUAUGCAGUCCAAGGGUAAAGAGCCGGUAGUAGCAGACCAGUUUGACGAGGCGGCAUUCGCAAAGGCCUUCGAUCAAGCCCACGAGGAUAUGUUGGGAGUAGAAGAGACUGUUCAGGGUCACGAGAACGUACAGGAGGAUAGUCUCGAAGAGUUGGUCGAGAAGAUCGAGCAAGCUGCUGAGCAGGGCGCGUCUCAGAUGCUGAACGAGUCGAACGAUGACUUGGAUCAAUUGGAAGACUUCAACCCCAGUCGGAUUCACGGCGGUGAUGUUGAGCACGAUCCAGAACAACUACUACACGAAGAAGAGCAGGCCCAGGAACGACCCCAAGAGGACGACGACGCCCUCGCAGCGACUGCGCAGGAACUCCUCGAGAAGGUCGAACACAAUCAGUCCGACAAGUUCAAGAAUAGCCAGUUUCUUGACCUGAUGCGAAAGUUGAGAGAUAGAGAAGUGCGAGUGGAAGGUGACAAGAUGGUUGAGACUGCAAACGCCUCCUCCACCUCCAUGGCAGACGACACACUAAACGCCUCUAGCACCAACCAGAAUGCACAACGCGUGUAUUACGGCAAACCUCAGCCAGUCCCUUUGCCCGCACACACUGUCGAUACCCGGCCUCCUGAGUAUGAGACAAGGAUACCGCCACAAGAGCAGGAUCACGAUCCAGGAAGGAUCAAUCCGAACGACGGGCAGGACGUGGUUGAUCUUUUGAAUCAACGAGGCGCGAUAACUGAUGACAUGGCAUCACCCAACACAUCGAUCUCCCAUAUGCUCUACGGGCCAAACGGCACGCUAUCCUAG